AUGGCCAGUCAAACAUUGGCUGCAAGUGCUGUUCCAGAUUGGGAGAAUCCUGCAGUGUUUGGGAUAAAUAAGCGUGGGCCACAUGUACCCCUGCAGGCCCACCCGUCCGUGUCUUCUGCACUCCAGCUGUGGUCCCAGGGUGGACGCUUGGGAGUGGGGAACUGUAACAAGGUGCAGCUGACAGGGUGCCGAUGGAAGUACUGCGUGGUCGAUUCUCCAAUGUUGGUGCCUGAGGGCUUUGCGAAAAAGUCGUAUGAUGACUCCAGCUGGGACACAAUCGGGCUGCCAUGCAAUCUUGAGUGUGUUGGGGCUGGCAAGCCCAUAUACACGAACUUUCAGUACCCCUUCGCAGUGACCCCCCCCCGGGUGCCCACCUCGAACCCCACAGCAUGCUUUCGAAGAACAUUCAACGUGCCGGAAACCUGGGGCUCUGGCAGAGUGUUCCUGCUGUUCGAAGGCGUGGAUUCGGCAUUCUAUUGCUGGGUCAACGGCUGUCUGGCAGGCUACAGCCAAGACAGUCGCCUCCCUGCAGAGUUUGAGGUGUCUGGGCUGCUGUCAGUGCAUGGGGAGAACAUCCUGGCGCUGCAGGUGAUGCGCUGGUGCGACGGUAGCUACCUGGAAGAUCAGGACCACUGGUGGCUGAGCGGAGUUUACAGAGAUGCUUUCAUGAUGAAGAAGCCGUUCGCUCACAUCCAAGAUUAUUACGUAACCACUCCCCUCUCGUUUGGCCAGUCUGGAGAUCUGGUGGCAGCCAGCUUGCAGGUGGAAUGCAAGGUGGGCCUUGGGAACAAGCACCAUGAUGGCUUCCGCCUCCGGAUGAGACUGAUGGAAAGGGGAAGUCCAGGGGACGUGAUGCAGCCACUGGAAUGUGACGUCUCGGGCGGCACUCAAGUCAUAAGCGACGUUUCGGGGGCAUGUGCAGCGACUGCCUUGCCUGUUGGCCGACUGGUGAAAGUCGGGGUGGAUGCGAUGUGCUUUGCACCCAAGCUGUGGUCUGCCGAGCAACCUGCCCUGUACAUCCUGACGCUGGAGCUGCUGUGUCCAGACGGCACUGCUGUGGAUUGCGAGUCCUGCCUGGUGGGCUUCCGGCAAACUGAGGUGCGGGGCCGGCAGCUGCUGCACAAUGGGGUGCCCAUACAGAUUCGCGGCGUCAACAGGCAUGAGCACGACGAGCAGCACGGCAAGUGGGUCAGCGAAGACCUGAUGGUGAAGGACAUCUUGCUGAUGAAGCAGCACAACUUCAACGCUGUUCGUUGCUCCCAUUAUCCAAACCACACGCGCUGGUAUGAGCUGUGCAGCGAGUAUGGGUUGUAUGUGGUGGACGAAGCUAAUGUCGAGACGCAUGGUUUCGACCCUGGUUUCCGCGCCAACGACUUCAACCCCGCUUGCAGCUCCCUGUGGUUCCAUGCAAUUGUGGACAGGGGCAUUGGCAUGUUUGAGCGGGACAAAAACUUCCCCUGCAUUCUCAUGUGGUCGCUGGGCAAUGAAUCUGGGUACGGGCCAGCACAUCUGUCCAUGGCCGCAUACAUAAGGGCAAAGGAUCCCUAUACACCCGUUCACUACGAGGGUGGGGGCUCAAGGACGCCAGCCACGGAUGUCAUCUGCCCCAUGUACGCGAGGGUGGAACAGGUUGUGAGCCUUGCCGAGUUGCCUGGCGAGACCCGGCCCGUUGUCCUUUGUGAGUAUGCCCAUUCGAUGGGAAACAGCACAGGCAACUUUAAGGAGUACUGGGACGCGUUUGACAGGCUGCCCUAUGCUCAGGGUGGUUUCAUUUGGGACUGGGUGGACCAAGGCUUGGUCAAGAGGGACAGCUCUGGGCGAGAGUUCUGGGCUUAUGGCGGAGACUUUGGAGAUGAGCCCAACGACGCCCAGUUCGUGAUAAAUGGGCUUGUGUUCCCCGACAGGACACCCCACCCAGCACUCUUGGAGUGCAAGGCCGUCCAGGCACCCAUCUCCUUUCGUCUUGUGUUGAUUGGCAGCGCGGAUGGCUGCAGCUUGUCCAUCAGAAUCCAAAACAAAUGGGACUUCGUUUCGACCGCGGCGCUGGUGUUCGAAUGGCGACCCAUCGUUGAUGGCAUGGCUGCCACAGCCUCAGCACAUGAGCAGGACGCUGUCUGGUGGACGCUUGGGGAAGUGUACGCCAUGGCUGGCGAGGAAGACCAUCUCGCCAUUCCGAUGUCAUCGGAAGCAUUGGUGCAGGUGAUGGCGGCCGUGGCCAUCUCACCGCUGAUGGAGUGCGAGCUCUUCAUCGAAGCUCGUGCUCUGUUGAAAGAUGACACGCCCUGGGCUGGUAAGGGGCACGUUGUUGCGGAGCGGCAGCUGCCAUUCCCAGAAGGGUGGGUCGAGUCCGCUCUGCACUCAAAUGCAAAGGGCGACAUCGGCAGCGGCUGUGUUGCAGAGCUUGUCUGUCAUGAAGGCGACGUCACCAUUGAAGAAGGCGGCCCCAAGAUCAGGAUAUCCGUGGGUGGCUUGAUGGUGCAGAUCGACAAACCGUCAGGGGCUGUGGACUCCUUGGCUUACUGUGGUGCUGCCCUCUUGUCUGCCCCUGUGCUGCCGUGCCUCUUCCGCGCACCGACAGAUAACGACAGAGGCGGUGCUCAGGGCACGAGCCACGCGGCGAGGUGGUGCUCAGCCGGACUGGAUCGCCUGACCUGCGACGGGGUGGCUACCGUCGAAGUGGCAGAGCGCACUGACGAAUCGGCGACUGUUGCAGCCAAGUGGCGGAUGAAGCCAAGGCCGAAGACGUCAGGCGAAGGGGGGGAGUCGUCAGCGACGGCCGUGGGCGUCAGCGAGGUCGGAGGCGCCCACUGGUUCGCAGAUCGCGGGGAUGGCAGAGAUGGCAUCCUGGAGCCUGAGGGGAAGGGGGGCGAUCUAGAGGGGGAGGUGGGGGUGGAAGUGCGCUGCACGGUGGACAAGUACGGUCACCUGUACCUCUGCUGGCGUAUCGAUGCCUCGGGGGCGCUCCCCAAGAAGCUGCCGCCCCGCCUGCGGCCCUCGCUUCCGCGUGUGGGCGUCCGUUUUGCCAUCCCGAGCCGCCUGGGUCGAGUCUUGUGGUAUGGCAGGGGCCCGCAGGAGUGCUAUGCGGACCGCCAGUUCGGAGCACCCCUGCGGUGCCAUGCCGUGGAUGGCGCAGAUCGCAUGCAUGUGCCCUACAUCGUGCCGGGGGAGAAUGGGGGCAGGUGCGGCGUGCGCUGGUGCGCCAUGGUCGGGGAGGAUGGCUGGGGCGUGGUUGUGAGCAGCUCAGAAAAAGGUGAGGGGUUUCAGUUGAACGUGAGCCAGCAUUCAUUGGAGGGGCUCGCAGCGGCCAGACACGAUGUGGAGCUUGAGCCAGAUGGGCUGACGCAUGUUCAUGUGGACUGUGCCCACAUGGGAGUUGGCGGGGACGACAGCUGGAGCCCGUCUGUGCACGAUGAGUAUUUGGUGCCGCCAGGGGUGUACACGUUUGGGAUGUGCCUCGCUGUGGUGAAGCCUGGAUGCGAUCCCAAGCUGGCUUGCACGGCGUUGUGGAAGCACGCCAGGGAGAAGGGGGUGGCAGGCAAAUGGGGGGCAUGA